AUGCCCCUGUGCAGUUGUGCCGAGUACGCCUUAGUCGUAGGUCAGCUGCUAUUGCGGAAUUGUUUCAUGCCCUUAUAUACUGCAGCUCUCGCUGAUCCCCUGCUAAAGUCGCUGUCGCAGUCUCGCUACACCAGGCCUUUGCGCCGCUGUGCCCACCAGGCUGGGACAUUGCCCAGCGGGGCGCGGGGCUGCGUUCUCUCCCCCGUGACACUGUGCGGAAGGGGGAGCGGCGUUGCCACUUUGAUUUCUGAUGCAAUUCUCCACCAAAGCGCCGCCCCAAGGGCGCGGGUUGUCUGUCUCUGUGUCGCGGAGCAGAGCGAGUUCCUUGACCCCUGCGGACUCCCCUACACAGGCGUUGCCCCAGGAACAACACCCAGCGACGUACGCAACUUCUUGUCCAAGAUUGGCCAGGUCAAGGAAAUGUAUUUGCCUGUUCAUCAUUUGGAACGCACUCCACGAUCGUAUUGUUUCUUCGACUAUGAAAGAGAAUCAGACGGGGAGAGGGCGAUGAAGGAACUGAAUAACCAAAUGUUGAUGGGUUUCCGAGUGACAGUUCAAAUGGCGAACAGCGACCCUAAGACCCCAGAACAAAUGCGCACUAUUUACGAGAGAAAAGAUGAGGAAUACCCAGCUUGGACAUCUCGCUGUGACAGUGCAGCGAAGCGGUGCAUGCGCGAGCUGUCGCGGGCAGGGAGCGUGCUUGUGGCGCGCUAUUAUGCUGUAGCAGCAUUCAGGACGGAAUGCGUUUCCGUUGUCCUUUUUAUUGCAGCGAACGCAAACGCUUGUAUGACCGAAGCCCCGAGCUUAGAAGAAGGUCGCGUUCAACGCCUUCCGUGUUGCGGCGGCGAUUUAGAAGCCGAGACAGAGGCAGGAGCCCUGAUGACAGGUAUUACAGGGGCCGCAGGCGACGCUACAGCUACAGCAGUAGCAGGAGCAGAACCCGCAGCCGUAGCAGGAGCCUCAAGAGAAGAAGGAGGUCCAGCGGCGGCGGCAGGCGUCGCAGGAGCGAGCACCGCAGCAGGCACAGGAGCAGGAGGGGCCGUAGCAGCAGCCGAAGCAUCAGCAGCAGCCGCAGCAGCAGCACUGUCAGCCGCCACCACGACAGCACAAGGCGGCGCAGGCAUUCCCGUGUGA